AUGGAUGCCGAAAUAUGUAAGAACUUCCUUUUAGUAAGGGAUAAAUUCCCCGAUCAAUUGAACAGUGAAGAAAAGUAUACAUUUAAAGAUGAACAUUUCAAAGAUUAUUGUAAUAAUGGCUGUGAGAAUCCUCUCGAAAAAAUUAAUGCUGUAUGUUUAUAUUUGUUAUAUACAUUCUUUGGGAGUUCUGAUUUGUUUUCGCAAUAUAAAAAAAAUUAUAUGAAUAUUGUUGAAUACAUUAUGAUAUGGUUAAGUUAUAUGUUAAACCUAAAGGAUAAUGCGCCAGGACUCACCAAUCAACAACAUUUUUAUACUACAUUUAUAAAUAAACAAGAAAAGUAUACAAAUUCUAUAAAGGGUGUUACGGAGUAUAAAAAUUAUAAAGAUCUUAUUGAUAGAAAAGAAUAUUAUUUGAAAAUGGAUAAUAAUAUUGUAUCUAAAUUAUAUAAUGCAUUUAAAUUAUUAUGUGAAAUUUAUACUGAAUUUAAUGGAAACAUGUCAAAUUGCACAAAAUGUUCGGAAAAAGCUAAUAAAUUUGUUAAUCAAUAUGAAGAACUUAAUGAUCCUAAUAAUAUUAAAGAUAUCGCCUAUUGUCAAGCAUUGUCUACAUUAUCAAAUGAUUAUAAUAAUUUAAAAAAUAAAUGUAAAAGUUUUAGAUCCCUUCCAGAGAUAACAACAAAAUGUUCUGCACAAAUGUCUGUAGUUACAUCAUCAAGUUCGUCGAUAGCAAACAAAUUAUUUAUAGUUUUAUCUAUAUUUGGUGCAAUAGGAAUUUUUUUUGGAAUUUCUUAUAAGUAUUCGUUAUUUGGAUUUCGGAAACGAUUUCAAAAACAAAAAUUAAGAGAAAAAAUAAAAAAUUUAAAGAAGAGAAUGAAUCAUUAA